GUAGUGGGUGAGCUUUCUGUGUGCCUGCUGAUUGUUCCCCAACCUCUCUUUACUUCAUUGUACUGUCACAGAGUGUAGUUUUGCCUCUUUCACCACUUGUGAUUUCCUACUGAGAAUAAUUUCCAGGGUGGCUGCAGGAGAGAAAUGAGCCAUCCAAACCUGCAAUUCAUAAGAAGAGUGACAAAUAUAUGUUAUGAAGGUUUAUUAGGCAAUGCUGAUGUGUUGAUAAAAGUCUGUCUGGUAUUAUCGCAUCUCUGGGACCUGUCUCUCGAGGAGUUAGUUAUUGGUUACAAAUGAAUCUUGUUCAGCUACAGUUCCUACCUGAAUUUAUUGGCAGUAACUUUAGGAGAUGUAACACUUUGUGUACACAAAUGAGUUAUCCAAAUGCAGUUUGUGAUCUGGAUGUUUAAGAUGUGUCUUUGGGUGCAGUGUUUCUUUUCUUGAGGCCAGUGGGAGUUUAGAACAUUACUUCUGCUGGGAUGAGAUUUUGCUCUCACCACAUUCACAGGUUAGCUGCUUCUUUUGUUUGUGCACUUACUGAAACAGGAACGAGCAUUGCAAAAAUGUUAAAAAUUUCUGUUUAGGUAAAAGGAGAGGUGAGAAAGCCUAUUAAAAGGAAGAGUCAUGUGAGAAGCGAAAACUAGGUUGAGUGGUCAGAAAAUACUGAACAAUUGUAGAAAAUCACUCUAUGUGCAAACUUUUCUUCUAAGUGUGCUGUCAGAGAGAGUGGGGACAGUGAAAGGCAGACACAGACAAAGUGGGAGGUUGAAUUAAAAGCAGAGUGGUGAGGGUGCAACAUGCCUGCAAAGUGAUGAAGGACCUUGUGAGUGACAAAGAUGCCUCUGGUCUUCAGAGACAGGAUGUUAUCUAAGAGUCCUAGGACUAUUCCCUUAGAUGGGACUAAACUAGUUAGCGCUUUCCUGGGAGAUCUUUUAUCAGUCUUAUUUCUUUUGUGCUAAAAUGAAAGAAGUCCUUUGAGCAGAAGUAGUUUUGCUAACUUUAUGGAUUAAAGUACAGUUUGUUCUUAAAACAGCAGGCAGAAGGAUGUUAGAGUUUAAAAUAUUUUUCCCUCAAUCAUACAGUAAAACAGGUCUUGUGCAUGCAUGGUGCCUGCCAAUAGGCAAUAAGUGACUGCUAAUCUGCAAUAACCUGUAUGGAGCCAGAAACUGAGGUCAGCCCUACGAGUUGGAGCUCCUUAUUUACAGCAAAACCAAAGGCUGACCUAAAACUGGACAGGGAGAACAAGCAGCACAUUCAGAUCCUCAUUCUGUUACCCUGUAGUUGCAGCAUGCAGUAUUUAAAAGACACUGUCAAGUAAGGCCUACAUUGGCUCAUCAGGACAAAAAUUAUGACAAAGACGAGGUGCUUAGAUGAAUUACAUCAGGUGCCUGCCUAGUGUGGAUUUCACUUGGAAUUAAUUUUAGUUUAGAUUUGCAGCCAUACUGAUAAACUAGCAGUAGAUGUUUAAAUACUUUUUCCUCAAUUAAAAAGAAGAGAGAGAAGAAAAUAGAAAAAGAAAAGAAAAGAAAAGAAAAGAAAAGAAAAGAAAAGAAAAGAAAAGAAAAGAAAAGAAAAGAGAAAAGAAAAGAAAAGAAAGAAAAGAGAAAAGAGUAUUCCUGGUUUGUUUAGGGAUAAGUCUCAAGGGCUCACCUAAGGUAGGUGCCAGUAGAGAGUGUCACCACGGCAAGAUAGUAUGCCCAACAGAAUAUACUCCCAACGAUAAUCUUACAGCUAACACCACCCUUCCUUCUCCGGUAUUCCAAUAUCAUGUUGUAUUGCACCAGGCGUGUAUGUUGUCUGGUGACUGACAGGCGACUGACAGGUCGUGAGUACUACUUUGUUGGAGCCAGUGGGGAAUGACGGUGUUAAGAGCUCGUGGGUGAGAGCCAGUGUGUGCGUGCUGGGGGUGGCGGGAGGUUUAUCGCAGAGGGGUCAAGGUGGUGUGUCGUGGUGAUGCUCAGGUGAACCAGAAAUAACCUCCUGAGCCCUGGCGGCUCAGGGAGUUUGAACGCGCGGUUGUGUUGCCUGAAGCAAUCCGAGACUUAGGUUUACCUAGUCUGCCUGUGCGAUGCAUGUAUGGCACCUCUGUGACUGCUGCUGAAGCUCUCGUUUCCUACGGUGCCGUGAGCCUGAGCUUGUGCUUGGGGCUGUAAUUCCUCACGCGUAGUGCCUGCCUGGCGCUGCAGAGCAGCGGGGGCACCCUCCGCAGUGGUCCAGCCCUCCCGGAGGAGGAGGGUGGGGGGACGCAAGCCCUCCGCCCCGCCGUGCCCGGCCCCGCUCGGUGCCGCCGGAGCGCUCCGUGCGCUUUGCCCGGCCGGGGCUCCCCGCUCCCGCCGCCCCCCGCCUAGAGGAGAGCGGCGGGAGAAGCCCCUCCCAGAGGGGUGGGGGUUGCGGUGGGGGCUCGGCUUGUGGAUACUGGCAAGUGAAAAGGGAAGCGGGGGGAUUUCGGGUGCGGGGGAUUUGGGAGCAGAGGAGGAUAAUGUAGCAGUGCGAGACAGCAAGGAGCAUGAGACCCCUCGCCUUUUUCGGAAACGGUACUGCCAACCCGAGGGAGCAAAAACCGAAACCAAAAUCUCAGCAGUGCCUUGUGCCGUGGUAUUUCGGUGAUAUAAGAAGUGACUGGGGAGGGAGCAUGCUUCCAAGUACCAGCACUAGUUAGCGGGGGAGCAUUGUGAAACAUGAGCAGUUCUUCCUGGCCUAGAGCAGAAGCAGAAGAGGACGGCCGACUUGAGAGCAAAGAGCUGGUGGUUUUUCUCCUGGAAAUUGAAAGCCGUGUGCCAGUUGGGAAAGAGGAGCCGAGGCUCCCGUGGCCAUGCCCUCCUGUUAGCAGGUAGCUGAGCACCAUAGCCCCUUCUGCACCUGUCUGGAGGGAUCCAGAGCAUACCUGACACAGGGAGUGAGGUUUUGAUGCAUAAGGACAAAGAAUGGCCUGGCCUCAUAAUGAAUAAGCGGGAGGGUAACAUCCUUCUCCGCUCUUAGGAAAUUGCUGGCUUUGGGAGGGGUCAACUCUGGUAUGUGAGGGCUGGUCACAUGCCUUCAGAACUGAAAAAAAAAGAGGAAAAAAAUUCUUAGAGGCUUGCAGGCUGCAAGAUUCUAUGAGCUCCUAGGUGUCUGAAGAUUUCAUUCCUGCUGUCCUCCCUGUCAGCUGCUGGCCGUGGUUAAACGCACAAUGUUGGCCUACAGAAUGUGGUGUUAGACUCCAGUGCAGCCAUGGGGAGCAAUGAACUUCAGGAUAAAGAUGCCACUGGAGCCCUUGGCCACGACCUCAGCAAUGGCAGCAGCAGCAAUUUGGAAGCAGCCAGGCGCCUGGCUAAGCGCCUCUACCAUCUGGAUAGAUUCAAACGCUCUGAUGUGGCAAAGCAUUUGGGUAAAAACAAUGAAUUCAGCAAGCUUGUGGCUGAAGAAUAUCUUAAAUUUUUUGACUUCACAGGCAUGACGUUGGACUGUUCACUCAGGAGUUUCUUUAAAGCCUUUUCACUUGUUGGAGAAACUCAGGAACGAGAGAGAGUUUUAAUCCACUUCUCCAGCAGAUACUACCAGUGCAACCCAAACGCCCUUUCUUCUCAAGAUGGAGUUCACUGUCUCACGUGUGCCAUGAUGCUGCUGAACACAGACCUCCAUGGACAUAACAUUGGGAGAAAGAUGACCUGCCAAGAGUUCGUUGCUAACCUCCAGGGGAUGAAUGAUGGCAAAGACUUCCCGAGAGGGCUCUUGAAGGCCCUCUACAAUUCAAUCAAGAAUGAGAAGUUGGAAUGGGCAGUGGAUGAAGAAGAGAAAAAAAAAUCUCACUCGGAUGGUACAGAUGAAAAGGAUAAUGGGAACCAGACAAAGACUGUCAGUCGAAUUGGCAAUUCAAAUAACCCAUUCCUGGACAUCCCUCAUGACCCCAGUGCUGCUGUGUAUAAAACUGGAUUUCUGGCUCGGAAAAUCCAUGCAGAUAUGGAUGGAAAGAAAACUCCCCGGGGAAAACGAGGCUGGAAAACCUUUUAUGCUGUACUGAAGGGAACGGUCCUGUACUUGCAGAAGGAUGAAUAUAAGCCAGAAAAGGCUUUGUCAGAGGAAGAUCUGAAGAAUGCGGUUAGUGUGCACCAUGCGCUGGCAUCCAAGGCAACAGACUAUGAGAAGAAACCCAAUGUCCUCAAGCUUAAAACAGCAGAUUGGAGAGUCUUGCUUUUCCAAGCCCAGAGCCAAGAAGAAAUGCAGACCUGGAUCAACAAGAUUAACUGUGUGGCUGCUGUCUUCUCUGCACCACCAUUUCCAGCGGCCAUUGGUUCUCAGAAGAAGUUCAGUCGCCCACUCCUGCCAGCCACUACAACAAAGCUAUCUCAGGAUGAACAACUGAAGUCCCAUGAAGCUAAGCUGAAGCAGAUCUCCACUGAGCUUGCUGAACAUCGCUCCUAUCCUCCUGACAAGAAGCUCAAAGGCAAGGAAGUAGAUGAUUACAAACUGAAGGACCACUAUCUGGAGUUUGAGAAAAAUCGCUAUGAGAUUUAUGUUGGCCUCCUGAAAGAAGGGGUGAAGGAUCUGCUGAGCGGAGGAGAGAACGAUGCGCCAGGACUGAAGAAAUCCCACUCAAGUCCUUCUUUGAAUCAGGAGUCUCCAGUUAGUGCCAAGGUGAAACGCAAUGUCUCAGAGAGGAAGGACUACAGGCCAGAAACACCCAGCAUUAAGCAGAAGGUCACUUAGGGUGGAAAUGACAACUAGGGGAACAGCCAUGCAGCAAAGUAUUGGUGGUCAAAAUUUUUUCAUUUAAUAACCUGUCAUUCACAAAAAAUAAGUGCAUCUGCCUGAAUGGGGUGUUAGUGACAUUUUCUAUUGUAUAUUUUGCUGUUUCUGUGCAGAUUGUGGGAGAUGUCUUUGCUCCUGCUUUGCUUUGCUUUGUUAAUUUAUCAUUUAGCAAUUGAAGCAUCGGGACUUUUUUUGUGUUACUCUGUUUCUGAAGGAGCUGGGGAAGGGGUAGAGCGCUGUGACCUUUAUUCUGUCUCCUCCCCAUUUAUCUCCUCCCAUCGGCAUGUGGCUUUCAUCUCUCAAGUCACUUGUCACUUUAUUUACGUGGUGGGUGGGAAAAAUAACUGGACAAGUGCUGCAGUGCUGUGAAUGUGAGCUGUAGCUGUGAGAAGAGCUGUGCAAACAUGAAACUGCAGAAGGCUGACUAGAGGCUAGGGUGCUGGGAACACUAGUUUCCUGACAAUGUGGGGCAUGUUGGUACUGGUACUUAGCAGCAGGUAGUACAGUAAAUAGUCACUGUUGCUUAUUGUUACUGCUUUGACCCUGGACACUUCGCCAGUGUGAAGGAAUGAAACCUAGAAACCUCUGGCAAUGCUGAGAUGACAGCAUUGGAAUAAUUUGUUUGCUUCCUUCCAAGCAAAGAGCCUUCUCCUGAGUUUGCAGGCUGGAAGGCAUCCAAACCCAUGCUCUCUCUGCAGUCAGGAAGAUUAGGGAUUACCCAGUUGGAAUGGCUAUCUGGGCUUCACAUUUUUUGCAGAGAAGGCUGCUGUAGAUGUCAGCCAUUAGCAUUAUAUAUUAAUUAUAUAUAUUAAAGACAAAGGGCCUCUGUGUAGUUUUUAACUAUACGCUCUCACUUAGCUGCUAUAUAGAGCCUUAUGAUAUAUUGUGUCCUGUCGCUUCCCCUUCCAGGGGUUUCCUUGUUGGUGUGCACAGAGAGCUGCUUUCAAUUCCUCUCAUAGUGACAAAGCACUUUGCCUUUUUUCUUCAGAAUGGGAUUCUCCUCAGUUCUCCAUUUUCCUUCUUUAGCUCACAUAUAGUGGACGAGGCUGGUGCCUCCUCACUGUUCCUUCAUACCCUGUGCCAGGCUUUCCAAGGGGAGCACAGGUCUGGGAGAGACCACCAUAGGUCUUUCCAUACCUGAAAGGCCCCUGUUUGUGCCAUAGACCCUUGGGGUGGUCAGCAGUUUUUCAGGCACAGAGAGCAGAAUGAUGACAUUUUCCUACUUCCUAGGUCCUCUUGUCUGGGCAGUGUCAUAGCUCUGCAGAGAGUGCUGCUCUCCUGUUACCUAACCUGUUACCUGAGUUUUAAUCUUAGUUUUUAUACUGGCCCACAGGGUGAGCUUGGACAGGUCUCUCCCAUUUUGUGUCACUCUUUCCCUGUAUGAAGUAGUACCACCAAACUUUUUGCACAGAGCGCCUUGAGAGAUAAUGUUGAGGGCCAGUUGAAAAUUGCUUCUUGCUUUUUUUUCUGUUGUGCCUGGCAGAGGACAACCUUCUUGGUGAAUGCAAUUCUUGAUGCAUAAAGAAGUGUCAAGAUCAAUGCAAGGACUGUUUAGAAAUGCACUGGUGUUUUCAGCCCAAGUAGUUAAAGGGCCACACAUCAAAAAAAUUGCUACCUGAGUGUAGUGUGUUCUGUCAGGCUUCCCAAGGGUCCAAGUCAAUUCAUCUAGUUUUAUUGAGCUGCCAGUCCAAUGGGCAGAACUAGGAGUGAUCAAAGAGAAAAGGCCCUUAACAAGCACUGCAUGACUUGCCUUCCCUACCUAGUACCACCAUGCAACAGCUUUUCUGGUGUUGUGCUGACUGUUGGCUAUAACAAUGAAGUUGCACUCUCAGAUAUGAGAUUUGGGGCAAAUUGAUCCUUGCAGUUGCAGCCUGGCAGCAAAGCCAGUUGUGAUUGUUCUCACGAGUGAUGUUGGGAUGCGCAUUCAUCUGUCAUCUGCCACAUUUUGGGAAUGCUGAAUACACCUUUGGGAAGAAAACUUGACCUCCCUUUUAUGAUUAAGGAGUAGUAUUUAGUGUUCCUACUGAGACUCUCCAAACUACAUGGCCCUUGCUUGCUCCCUCCUUCCCCGCCCCAUCAUUGCAGUGGGUUGGAGAAGAGAAUUGGAGGCAUAAAGGACAGAGAUCAAAGGUUGAGAUAACAACAAUUUACUGGAAAGGGCAAUGAGAUAAGAAAAUGAAUGGUAAACAACAACAGUAUUAAUAACAGUGUUCAAGAAUGCUCACCAUGCAGAACCCAACAAUACCCAACCAUUUGCUUCCCAAUACCCUGACCCAGAAUGGACAUCUUCUGUUCCUGGAAAAUUACAUGAGGUGGUAUAAAAUAACCUUCAAGUACAAGCCAUGCUCCUGCCAGGCUGCUACAUAAAUUAACCCCAUCCUGGCCAGACCCAGUACAUCAUUCUGUGAAUUAUUUUAUAUAACAAUAGGAUACAUGGAGCAGAAACAAAACCCAAAAAGGUGUAGAUCUAUAAAUGGCCCUGCUUGGCUGUCAGGGUUGGGUUGAGUAGAUGAUGUUUUUGAAGGCAGGCUAGAACAUGCUUGGCAAACCUCUUGUGUUUAUGGAGUGCAGUGCUUCAAAAGGCAAAGAGGUGACAUUUAACUUUCUUCUUUCCUGGCUUUAAACGUAUUUUCGUUGCUGAAAAUUCCAGUUAAAUUGCUGAGCUCAAAAAGAAAUUACUCCUGUUAAAUGUGUUUUCCAUCUUUGACACAGAAACUGGGUAAUUCCUCUUCAAAGUCAUUGCAGGAAAGAUGAUUUGAAGCAAUAGGAAAAAUCAAAAAGUGAACUGCAAAAAGGAUGUUUUUUUCAUUAUUUAUUAUCUAUUUCCAUGUAUACUUGUAGACAGGGUAUUUUUUUAGGUCUCAUCUGAGUGUAUCAAAUGCAGUUUUUCACUGCAUUUUUUAGUCAUUAAACGUUUAUUGAGCUUAGAGCAGUCUUGCUGAGACAGCUGAGGCAUGCAGAUCAGUUUACCCAGAAUUUAUAGUUUCUGCUCCAGUUUUAAUUAAUGCCAUUUUCCUUUGUUGCUUUACAAUUUAUAAGCAUCCCAGGUACCUGUGUAGAAAUGCACGCUUUGGAGAACAAGAAAAAAAUGUGAUCCUGUUUGCAAAAGUCUAAGACUCCUGCCCUCCCUUGGGAAUAGGUUCAUCUACCAAUCAGUACUGUAAUUAGUUUUUUUUUCCCUCCUGAUGAUACUAUAAAGGAUAGGGCAGGUUCUCAGGUGAUCUAAGUGGUGCAUCUCCCUGACUAGCACCAUUAGGAGUCUGACCAGGUAGCUUUGCAUGGUACCCUGCACCCUGCCUUUCUUUGCUGAAAUGUUUGACUUUAGGGAAGAUCAGUCCUUGACUGCAGCAACUCAGGAGCUCUGGUUGCAGUAUGUAAGGAUAUUCUUCUGGUUUCCAGCCCAUCUCUACGACAUGAGCUGCAAAUCACUGGAGCAGCCUGCAGUUUCCUAGAUGUACUCAGUAUAAGGAGCUACUGGCUGGCUGCCAUGAGCAUGUGUGCGUGUGGGAAAGCCUUUGCAUUGGUGACGCGGGGAGGUGCCAUCCUUCCUUGUCACCCUUUCUGCUCCAGUGUGCUAUCAUUGCUCAGGCAAGGCCUCUCCCUGCCUAUAGAGAGUGGGGAUGCCCAGAGGGGGAGCAGGCUAUUGCUGACUCCUCCUUACUUCCCCUUAAGGUGCAUACAGUGGUUCUGGGUGGACCCACCUGGCUCUGAAGCAUUGCUGGCUCCAGGGGCUGCACCAUCUGCUAUCCCCAGCUAUGGGAGGAGAGACAGGAAAGGGCCCCACUAGUCUGCACCUGACAGCAGAGGGCUGAUGGAGAAGGGGAAAACUGCCUUCCCCUCUCCCCACCCAGCAACCAAAGUGGGUGAAAUGCUCUCCUGAAGCCAAAACCAUAGUCUCCUCUAUGAUUCAGCAGGAUGCAGGGGACUGUUUGAGAUGGAUUUUGUUCAUCAGCGGCUGCAAAAGAGACUCCCUGGAAUAGCUCUGUGUGUGUCUGCAUCUUGCAGAUAAAUUACGCAUGAACCAGUGAACAUGACUACAGCUUCUAAAUCCAGUAUUUAUGUUGUGUCUUCAGUUGAUGUAGAGAGAUAAGUCAGCAAGCAGAGUGAUUAAUGCAGCAGAGUUGUGUGGUAAUGCUGUUCAGCUGUGUUGCCAAGUUUUUCAUCUGUAGCCAGUCACUUGUAAAUGGUUACCAGAAACUUUCUAAUGAUUAGUAACAGCUCUUCACUAAAAUACUUUCCCUCUGAUCCUGCCUGCUCCCAGGUUGCAGUCUGUCUGUGUUAAGGGGCUCUCCUGGAGAGCCGUGCUCUGCACAGCCCUGCUUUGAGGAGGAGUUUGGCCUAACAGACCUCCAGGGACUGGAAUUGUUCUGUGACUUUUCACAGCUCCAAUGCCUUCAGAUAGCAAGGCUGGUUGCUCUUCUGGCUUGAAAAAGCCAAAACUUUUGCCUUUCUCUUAUGGGGAAAUGAGGUUCUUGCUUGAAUGGAGUAGGCCAUUCAGUGAAGAUGUGGUUAUGGCAGUGGAACAAGUCAGAGAUGACAGGUUUAUCAUCAGGCUUCUUGGAGGCAUUGUAUGGCAAUGUUCUCCUUGAAAGUGGGAAAGCCUUUUCUCUGCAGAUGGCUUACUGUGUCUGCAUUCUCCAUUUUUAAAUUAAUUUUGGUCUUAUUGCAGUUAGUCUGACAGCUCCUCCUCCUUUUCUGACAAGCUGCUCUAGUCUGUCAUCUUAGCACCUCAGCUGCUUCUGUAUAACAGGUCUGUUUCCUUCCAUGCUUGCAGAAAUCCAGAAAAUUUGACUCUCCCAUCUUGCAUUGAGAAAACCUGCUCUGAAGCAGUGCUGCAUUGAAUAGAUAACCCUGUGAACAGCUUUUUCACUCUGCUUGUUGGUAGCCUGUGUUUCCAGCCACAGUUAUAGCUGGGAGGUGCGAGACCGAGUUUUAGACUGCCGUGAUCCUCUAAUUGUAUGCUGCAGGGAUGCAAAGUCCCCCUUCCCACACUUAGACCAGACACUUGCAACAUUCCUACUCUUCCAGUAUCCAGGUUGUUGGAAACAUUGGCUGCUUCUGAAGGAUCAAAGGCAGUAUACACAUCUUAUGCCCAGAAAUCUUGCAGCUUGCUGCUUGUUUAAAUUUUCUCCAGUAUUGUUCUCCACAGGCUUUGGGACAUCACAUCUGCUCUGAGGAGGCAGUUAAGAAAUCCACAUUGCUUGUCAGAGCACAGUCAUUGCUCCCCAGCAUGUGUUCUCAGCAUCUGGUACCUAGGCUUCCUAGAGGGAUGAACCAUAGAAGCUGUCUCAGAAAAAGCUAGUCUGCAGCUUGUGCUUUUUAAAGGAUAUUUUUAGUGCAUAUAGAAGCAGUACAUCUGGCCUCUCCUCUCCUCUCUCCCAGAGCUCUCCCAGCAGCAUAGUGGGUUGGCUCACUUGGAGCUUCACUGUGGAGACCUGAGCUCCAGGAAGAAGAGGCUUUGCCAGCCUUCAGAGAAAUGCUACCACCUGAGCUGAGCAUUAGUGCACAGGACAAUGAUGCUGUAUGAAGAAGCCAGUGCCACCUUCCAUGGCUGGUCACCUGCUGGAGUGCGCUCUAGCAUUGCCCUCAGUGUUGGAGGUAAUGACAAAUGCUGGCUUCCUUUAUCCUCUAGUCUGUGCUGCUGGAGAAACUGUCUUUACCACUCACUGCUUUUCUCCCUUGUGACAGCAGCACCCUUAUCCAGGGAUACCACAGUCCCUUUGCGAGGAGACUGGUUUACAUGAGACCAAGGAGAAGAGGUCAUUGGAAAAAGUCUGAAUGCCAUCUGGGAGUAUCUGCUCUUAUGAUGGCAGCAUAUCGUUGAACAUUGAAAGGGGGCAGGCCCAGCCUUGCCUGAGAGAAUGUCCCUUGCUCAAAUAUUUCGUUAGCUGAAUUAAGGUUGUGUUUGAGUUAUUUAUUAGACCCUAUCCCUUACCAAAUGCAAACAAGAACUUUCACUAAGGUUGGACCUGACUUUGCCCUUGUGGUCAGAAGGAACAAAUUUAAGCUAGUCCAAGGCAUUCUCUCUUGCCUGCUUUUGAAUGUCUAAUUAUUCUAUAAAAAUUAUAGAUGUUUAGUCAAUGAGGGACCUUCCAUGGCAUCUGCUUUUAAAGCGAGCCAGGAACCAGCUGGAGUACAGGCCAGAGGUUUAUUUGGACCAAUAAAUGUACAUCACUUAGCAAUGCAAGCAUUGAAAGUGCAACAAGCCACAAGGGCAGGAUUUUUCUCUGACAGAAACCACUGUAAUUAGUAGCCACUCAGGCAGUGAUCCUGUCGGUAACUCACCUAAAUGAGACUAGCACAAGAUGACAGUUUUUGUCCAAACAGGCAAAGUUUUACCUUGGGCCAAUUUAUACCAUGAUGUAGUGACAGAGCAGCUAGCUAAGCUGCCAUGAAGACUUGUUUGACAUAAAAUCCUCCAAUUCCCCUUAGCCUCUUACUGGGAAGAGGGAGAUAAAUGCUAUCAAGUCUCUGUCACCGCAGCACAAACUCUACUGGUAAUAUAAGUCUUAACACACACACACACACACACACACACACACUCUUACGAAAUUCUCAUACUCAGAGCUGUCAGAUUCUGAAAGACUGUAGGAUGAGAACAGGGGUGGGUUGUGGUUGGUUUUUUUUAAAAUUUGUACAUAUUCAUGACAACUGUGUCCUCUUACUUGAGUCUAGAAUUAUAAUUUGGCUAAAAGGACAGAGUUUUUUGGCUGUUGAAAAACUUUAAAAUCACUCCUUUGUGUGAGGUACACUCUGAGACUUACAUUACUUGGUGAACAUGUUUAAGUGAUGCCUAUAGAUGUAUGUAUUUCCUUAGUAUGGCUUCUAUGGCUCAGCACUGCAGAACCUGCUGUUCUUUUCUGAGGCUUGUUUGGUCAAAGCAUUCAGCAGCUGCAAACAUUGUAAGGAUGCUUGUUGUUCUAAUUGUUCUCAAGUGAGGUUAAAUAGCUAUCAGAGCUUUUGGAGAUUUAAGGUAUACUUUGAGCUGCCUUGAUCUUCAUGUGUUGUCCAGCAGGGGCUGCCUGUUUUGCAUGUUGAAAGCAAGGCAUAUAUUUGAGAGUCUAAGCGAGAGCUAGUGGGUGGAAUUUUCUGCUAGCUUAACACUGGGCUGACUUUCUCCCUGUUUAUAUCAACCGAUGCCUGUACAAGGAGCAUCCAUGCUGACUUCUUCUGAAAAUCAUGCUCUGGGGAUCUAAUACACAGCUUUACUUCUGAAAACAUUGACCUUGCUCUGUGAAAAUUCAGCAAAGGGACAUCAUGUCCAAAGUGUCCAAGAAGGACAGGUGCCUGUGAUGUCUCCUGCAGAUACAGCAGUACAGCAGUAGCGAGGGUUUUUUUCUAUAACUGUUCAAAUUUCCAGAAGAGUGGCUCAUCAGUAGGGAAGAGAAGAGCAACAGGGCUGAAAUAUCCGUCUUGGGCAUCUCUUACGCCUCCCAGCCGUUUCUUUUGAGAGCAUUGAACAACCUUUUAACAAGUUGCUGGUCUGAGGAAAAAGACAUAGGGAAACCCAGGGAGUUUUUCUAUUGCAUUCUAGUAAGGGCAACAGUAGUACGAUCUGCAUUGUUCUUGCAAAGAGAGAGUAAAAGCUGAGGGUGUGAUUCUUACCUGGAGUCAUAAAACUCUUUAUCAUGCAGUUAGGUUGAAGCACUUGAGCAACUUCAAUAGUGAAACUAUGCCUUUGCACUUCAGUGGACCACAGCUGGAGUGAUUGGGCCUUGCAGAACUGACAUGCGAGUGAACUGCAGCUCAGAAUGAAAUGAAGGAGACCACUAUGCCACCUUGCUUUGGGCAAGCUGCAGUCCUGUAAUCUUUGUUCGGGUACUGGGCUUCUCCCUUGGGUUUCCUGCCCUCCAUGGUGAUGGGAAGAUGUGGCUGAGCACUGUCAGUUUCAGAGUCCCAGUUAAGAAGUGUCAUUUACCUGAGCUGUUGCUAUGUUGUUUUCCCUUAGGCUAAAAAGAGGUCUGAAUUUUCAGUCAAUGUUGCUUGGUAGCCAAUGGGCAGCAUAACUCUCAGCAGUGGUGAUGCAGAAAAACAUUUUGCACAUGCGUGUACAUAUACCUUAUACAUCUCUUAUGUGCAGAACUAACCUUACAGGACUUGACAACAGUCCUUGCAAGACCUUUCCUCUGGGUGGUCUCCAAUUGCUUCUGUGAUGUGUAAGAACCUUCUUUCUGGUAACCUUGAAUUCAGUUUACUCUCAUAACUGAAUUGCUGGAGUGUUUUUCAUGUAAUACACUAGAGACAGUCCCAGUCUCACCGCUUUGUGGUAACUUCUUGGUCUGCUGUGAAGCAACAACAUUGAGGUAGCCGUUAAAUCUUUUCCAGCAGCAUGGAACUUGCUGUUCUGACUCUUGGGGAGGUUGUCAUCUCAGGUUUGACACUAUCCUACCACCAGGAUACCCUCUUUUGUCCCUGGAAAUAGGCAUGACACGGAAAGCAUACUUGGUGGUUAGAGUCAGAGCUGUGCAGACUUUAGUCAAGCCCUGGUUCAGGGAAGAUUUUUCCAUGUGCUGCUGAUGUCCAUAAGGACUCAAACAUAUACUUGCUUACACAGAGAUGCUUUCCUGAAGCAGAGUUGUCACUCUUUUCUACAGGUAUCACAGGAUGCCCUCCCUUAUUCUGCUUCAUGUAUCUGGUACUAGAAUGAUAAUUUCCUGAUAAAUGAAGGCACUUAAUCAGUCCUCUUCCCCUUGGAAGAAGGACUUUUGGGGAUAUUGUUAUAUCAUUUAAAAUAAUAUUUUGGAAUUUAAGUUUACAUUGCUUUAUUUUUCACUUGAGGUGACUGUAUAUAAAUAUUUUCCUCUAUUUUAUCAUUGCUGAUAAAGUAAGCCUACAGUAUACAGACAAAUAAUUUGCCUUUGAUGUAUUGAAACUGUGAGAUAAAAAGUAGACUUCUCUCUUGUGUCCAUGUUCCUGACUAUAACUCUGUUCCUCUGUGUUUUUAUAAGUUGGAAUAAAUGUUGCUUACGGGCAACAAAGAGCCUGCAAGCUUCCCAAUAAUUUUUGUCAUUGAACUCAAGCAACCCUAUUGAAGGAUCUCACAUAUGUAUAAUGAUAUAUGUAUAUGUACAAACUUUAGAAAGAAAUAAACCAAAUGUAUUUCA